AUGGCCGGGACCGCCUCGGGCGGUCGCGUCAAUCGCGCCGCCAUGCGAGUCAUUGCCAAGGCACAAGAUGAGCUUGAUGACAUGGGGAAAGGACUGCGUCACCGCAUGAGCGAGCUCCACGGCCUGCAGGAUACGUUUGAGAAGGCAGUUAACAAACAGUCAAAGAGCCUCAAAGCGGUCGUAGCAACUAAGUCCUCGUCCGCGUCUCCUCCACCCGCGUCACAAACCGAGGAAACAAACAAGCCCAGCAGUGGGAUGCCCCCAAGACCCGAGAGCGCACUUAAGCGAAAGCCUGUCGUAUCACCUGGUGACUCCGGAACGGAUUUUGUAGGCCCUGAAGAAUUUGAAGACUACCUGUCCCACUUGCGCACUCGCCUUAAGGACAUGCAAUUACUCAUGCCCGCCACUGGAGGCAUGUUUGUUGAACUGUUCCUGGGUUCAAUAAAUGUUCGCUUCCCGCGCAAGUCCGAACGUAUGGCAUUCAAGCGCGAAUAUGAGAGGCUCAAGAUGAAACUUGCACCGUUAUUCGUCGUCACAUGUGCCCUGUGUUUAUACUUUGAAGAUUACCGCUGGUUGCACAUGUCGCUGCAGUUGGCCCUCUCAUGUUAUUACGUCACCUUAGCCGUCAGGGAGAACAUCCUUCGCGCAAAUGGCUCUAAUAUCCGUGCCUGGUGGAUUAUUCAUCACUACUUUACGAUGAUGCAGGGCGUCCUACUCCUCACUUGGCCAGAUGGGGAGUCGUACGCUCGCUUCCGCCGCCCGCUACACACAUUUGGUUUGUAUAAUUCUAUUCUUAUGAUUUUUCAGACUCGAUAUCAAAUGGCACGCCUGUACACCUUGCGAUCGCUAGGGCUGGUGAACGAGAUGGAUGUAGCGAGUUCCGAUUCCACCCAAAUCCACUGGAGUGAGACCAUGCGCCUGCUACUUCCCUUAAUUGUUCUCGGUCAGAUCAUGCAAGGCUCGCAAGCCUACCGCCUUUUUACGAUUUACAUGGAUUAUCCAAAGGAAGUGCAAAUUUUGUUUCUUAGUCUCCUUUCCUUCGCCAACUUCGUAGGCAAUUCAAUUACAACCAUGCAGGUCAUGCUUGCAAAGCGAAAGCAACAAAAAUCGCAUUCAAUCAGUCGACAAGCAGCAUCUCAAAAUGAAGCAUCUUCGUCUGUUACAAAGAACUCCCCGGACGAACACAAGAAGGUCUCAUGACAGCAACUAUGUCCUCUUCCUGUUAGACACUGACAAAGACGACCUGCCUGAUGAUGUCGAAGCGGCUGCGUCUGUUUGGUUUAGGUGUAGUCAUUGACUAGAUAUUUCCCUAGGGUGUAAAACAAGUAUAUCGGGCGCUUCUCCGUGAAGCUGAUUGUACGAGAAUUUCCGCUUGGUG